AUGGCUCCCAGAUCCGAGUCCCCCGCGGGAUCUAAGAGGUGCAAACGCGCCCUCCUCCACCCAGCUCCUCCCGCCCCGGGAACGCGGCCGGGUCGGCCUCCAGUCUUCGCGUUCCGGUCCCGGCCCCUGGCGCGGCCGGAGCCGUCCCUCCAGCACCCAGCCCCGUGCGCUCACCGCCGCGCCCGCCCCCACGCGCGCUGCCUAGAAAGUGAGGGCAGAGCCAAGCGAGAUCAGGGCCCGGGGGCCUCUCCGUCCUCUUCCCUGCCGGGUGUAGAUCGUCUCAGCCUGCGGGCUCCCGGGGCGCCCCCUUCUUGUCUGCCCAGGCCGGGACUCGCCUCCCUCGCUCGCCAACUCGUUUCCCCUCCUGUGCUCCGCGCGCUGUCCCUGCUCAUUCAUUCCACAAACGCCGGGGCGGGCUCACGGUUGGACAUGACCUGGGAGCUGCCCCCUCUGGCAGCCACCUCCAAGGAACACAUCAUGGCUCUGGAGAGGGGUCAGCAUUUGGCAAGGGAAGGUGCCGGAGCCCUCACCUUGGCACAGGGCCACUUGGCUCAGCUCCUGCUGGCUUGGACGGCCCUGUCGUGUGUGGCCGGUGGCCAAGGCCGCUGGGAUGGGGCAGUGGAACCUGCAGGUCCUGGACGUGUGCGAAGGUGGGGCAGCCCAGGCAUCUUGCAUGGAUGCGUGGUACCAAGGAUGCCCCACAUGUGUGGCUCCCAUUUCCACGCCUACUGCUGCCCUGGUUGGAGGACACUGCCUGGCGGGAGCCAGUGUAUUGUUUCUGUCUGCAGGUGCUCCUGUGGGGAGGGCUUCUGCUUUCAACCCAACCUGUGCACCUGUGUGGAUGGGACCCUGGCCCCCAGCUGUAGGGUGUCCUUAGUGUCGGGGUGCAGUGUGAGCUGCAUGAAUGGUGGCAGCUGCCGGUGGACAUCCUGUCUGUGCCGGCGGGGCUACACAGGCAAUGUGUGCGGGCAGCCUGUCUGUGACCAUGGCUGUUACAAUGGGGGCCGCUGCAUUGGGCCCAACCUCUGCACCUGUGUGUAUGGCUUCAUGGGGCCCCAGUGUGAGAAAGACUACCAAACUAGACCCUGCUUUGGCCAAUUGGGCCCUGAGGGGUGCCGCCACCAGCUGACGGGCCUUGUGUGCACCAAGGCAUUUUGCUGUGCCACCGUGGGCCGUGCCUGGGGCCUUCCAUGUGAACUCUGCCCUGCACAGCCACACCCCUGCCGACGAGGUUUCAUCCCCAAUAUCCACACGGGGGCCUGCCAAGAUGUGGAUGAGUGCCAGGCCAUCCCAGGCCUUUGCCAGGGGGCCAGCUGUGUCAACACAGUGGGCUCCUUCCUGUGUCGCUGCCCAGCUGGACACCGGCUCAGUGACAGUAGUGCUACAUGUGAAGACCACCGGGCAGGAACCUGCUUCUCUGGGCUCUUCAGGGGCCACUGUGCUGGAGAUGUCACUGGCCACUACACUCGCAGGCAGUGCUGCUGUGACAAGGGCAGAUGCUGGGCUGUUGGGCUGGUCCCCGAGCUAUGUCCUCCUCAGGGCUCUGAUGAGUUCCAGAGACUGUGAACCCAGGAGCUCCCCCUGCCACUUGCCCGCCAUGGCCUGUUCCCUGGCUUCCCAGGCAUUGGGUCCAACGUCAGGGGUCCUGGCCUUGGGCCAGCGCGACACAGUCCCCAUGUGUCCAGUGGGCAUGGGGUCCCCAACCUGGGCCCUGGCAACUCCAACAUUGGCACAGCUGCCCUGAACCAGACCGUAGACAUCUGCCGGCACUUCACCAACCUGUGUCUCCGUGGCCGCUGCCUGCCCACCCCUUCCGGCUACCGUUGUGAGUGUGGCAUGGGCUACACUCAGGACCUGCAGGGCGAGUGCACUGAUGUGGACGAAUGCACCAGCAGCCCCUGCCACCAUGGAGACUGUGUCAAUACCCUGGGCUCCUACCACUGCCGAUGUCACCAGGGCUUCCAGGCCACGCUCACCAAACAGGCGUGUGUUGAUGUGGAUGAGUGCAUUGCCAGUAGCCUUUGCCACCUGGGCCACUGUGUCAACACAGAGGGCAGCUUCCAGUGUGUCUGCAAUGCAGGCUUUGAGUUCAGUGCUGAUGGCAAGAACUGUGUGGACCAUAACGUGUGUGCGACCAGCCCCGUGUGUCUCAACGGCAUGUGUCUCAACAAGGAUGGCAGCUUUCUGUGCAUCUGCAACCCUGGCUUCCUGCUGGCACAUAGUGGCCACUACUGUGUUGACAUCAACGAGUGUGCACUUGACCCUGAAGUCUGUGCCAACGGCAUGUGUGAGAACCUCUGGGGCAGCUACCGGUGCAUCUGCAGUGUGGGUUAUGAGGCAGGCACUGAGGGCCAAGACUGCAGAGAUGUGGAUGAGUGUGCUCUCAGCAGCCUUCUGUGUGACAACGGGUGGUGCCGGAACAGCCCUGGCAGCUAUAGCUGCUCCUGCCCUCAGGGCUUCAGCUUCCAGCAGGACACAGAGACCUGUGAAGACGUCGACGAAUGUUUGUGCAGCCCCUGUGUGAACGGCGUGUGCUGGAACCUGGCCGGCUCCUACUCCUGCAAAUGCAGCCCUGGCAGCCGGCUGGGGCCCUCUGGGACCGUGUGCCUGGAUAGCACCAAAGGCACCUGCUGGCUGAAGGUCCAGGAUAGCCGCUGUGAGGUGAACCUUCAGGGAGCCACCCUGCGCUCCGAGUGCUGCUCCACCCUUGGAGCUUCCUGGGGGAGCCCCUGCGAGCGCUGCGAGACUGACCCCGCCUGUGCCCGUGGCUUUGCUCACCUGAAGGAUCUCACUUGUGAGGAUGUGAAUGAGUGUGAGGUCUUCCCUGGGGUCUGUCCCAGUGAGCACUGCCUCAACACUGCUGGCUCCUUCCGCUGCGAGUGUCCUGAGGGCCUGAUGCUGGACACCACUAGUCAGCUGUGUGUGGAUAUGAGGCUGGAGCCAUGUUUCCUGCAAUGGGACGAGGAUGAUUGUGAGGCCCCUUUGCCUGGCAAGUACCGACUGGACGUCUGCUGCUGCUCCAUUGGGGCCGCAAGGGGAGCUGAGUGUGAGGCCUGCCCAGAGCCCAACUCCCCAGAGUUCGCCAGCCUGUGUCCACGAGGACUGGGUUUUGCCAGCCAGGACUUCUUAUCUGGCCAUCCGUUCUAUAAAGAUGUGAACGAGUGUAGGGCGUUUCCAGGCCUCUGCAUACACGGCACCUGCCACAACUCUCUGGGCAGCUUCCGCUGCUCCUGUGCGGGGGGCUUUGCCCUGGAUGCCCAAGAAAGGAACUGCACAGACAUUGAUGAGUGCCGGAUCUCCCCUGACCUCUGCAGCCAGGGCACCUGUGUCAACACCCUGGGUGGCUUUGAGUGCGAGUGUUUCCCUGGCUUCGAGAGUGGCUUCAUGCUCAUGAAGAGCUGCAUGGAUGUAGAUGAGUUUGCCAGAGACCCGCAACUCUGCCAGGGAGGCACCUGCACCAACACAGAUGGGAGCUACAAGUGCCAGUGUCCCCUGGGCCAUGAGUUGACAGCUGAGGGCACUGCCUGUGAGGACAUUGAUGAGUGCUCCCUGAGUGAUGGCCUCUGUCCCCAGGGCCAGUGUGUCAACAUCAUCGGUGCCUUCCAGUGUUCCUGCAACACUGGCUUCCAGGCCACACCUCACUGCCAGGGCUGCAUGGACAUCAAUGAAUGCCAUGUCUGGAAUGGCAGGUGUGAUGCCCACUGCAUUAACACCAAGGGCAGCUACCAGUGCAUCUGUGGAAAGGGCUACUUGCUCAUGCCCAAUGGCAGGGCGUGUGCAGACGUGGAUGAGUGUGAAGAGAACCCCGACAUCUGUAACUGGGGCCAGUGCACCAACAUUCCAGGAGGUCACCGCUGCCUCUGCUAUGAAGGCUUCAUGGCCACACCAGACAUGAGGGCGUGUGCUGAUGUGAAUGAGUAUGACCUGAGCCCCCACAUCUGCCUGCAUGGGAACUGCGAGAACACAAAGGGCUCCUUUGUUUGCCACUGCCAUCUGGGAUACAUCAUCAGGAAGGGAGCCACGGGCUGCUCUGAUGUGGAAGAACGCGAGCUCGGUGGACGCUGUGACACCCAUGCCUUCUGCCUCAACAUUCCUGGAAGUUUCAGCUGCAGGUGCCAACCAGGCUGGGUAGGGGAUGGCUUCAAAUGUCACGACCUGGAUGAAUGCACCACCCGGGAGCACUGGUGCAGCCCAAGAGCUGACUGCAUCAAUGCCCCUGGCUCCUACUGCUGCACCUGCCACCAGGGCUUCUCUGGGGAUGGGUUCUCCUGGGAAGACAGGGACAAAUGUGCUGAGAAUAUGGAGCUCUGCAACCAUGGGCAGUGCCUGAACGUGCCCGGUGGGUACCACUGCGAAUGCGAGAUGGGCUUCCACCCCACUGAGGAUCACCGGGCAUGCCAGGAUGUGGACGAGUGUGCUCUGAGAAACAUCUGUGCAUUCGGGAACUGUAAGAACCAGCAUGGAAUGUUCCGCUGCAUCUGUGAGGGUGGCUACGAGCUGGAUCGUGUAGGUGGCAACUGCACAGAUGUCAACGAGUGCGCAGACCCAGUGAACUGUAUCAAUGGUCUGUGUGUCAACAUCCCAGGCAGCUACUUCUGCAACUGUCCCCUGGAUUUUGAGCUGAACCCCAGCGGGGUGGGCUGCGUGGACACUCGAGCUGGGAACUGUUUCCUGGACACGCACAACCGAGGGUAUGGUGGUGUUUUCUGCAGUGCCGAGAUUGGAGUUGGUGUCACCCGAGCCUCCUGCUGUUGCUCCUUGGGCCGGGCCUAGGGCAACCCCUGUGAGCUGUGCCCAAUGGCCAACACCACUGAGUACAGAACCCUGUGUCCUGGUGGUGAGGGCUUCCAGCCCAACCCCAUGACUGUCAUUCUGGAAGACAUUGAUGAGUGCCAGGAACUGCCAGGGCUAUGUCAGGGGGGUGACUGCAUCAACACUUUUGGCAGCUUCCAGUGCCAGUUCCCACUUGGCUAUUACCUCAGUGAGGACACCCGCAUCUGUGAGGAUAUCAAUGAAUGUUCCACACACUCGGGCAUGUGUGGCCCCAGCACCUGCUACAACACCCUGGGAAACUACACCUGCAUCUGUCCUGCAGGGUUCCUGCAAGUCAGCGGCAGCCACUGCCUGGAUAUGAGGAAGAGUGUCUGCUUCCAGCACUAUAAUGGCAUGUGUCAAAACAAGCUGACUUCCAAUGUGACCCAGAAGAUGUGUUGCUGCCCUUACAACAUUGGCCGGGCCUGGAAUAGACCCUGUGAGGCCUGCCCCACCCCUGCCAGCCCCGACUACCACGUCCUGUGUGGAAACCAGGUGCCAGGCUUCAUCGCUGACAUCCACACUGGGAAGACACUCGACAUCGACGAGUGCAGAGAGAUCCCCAGCAUCUGUGCCAAUGGUAUCUGCAUCAACCAGAUUGGGAGCUUUCGAUGCGAGUGCUGCAAGGGCUUCGACUACAACAGCAUCUUGCUGGCCUGCGAAGAUGUGGAUGAGUGUGGCCAAAGGGACAGCUCCUGCCAGCAGAAUGCUGACUGCCUCAACAUCCCUGGUAGCUACCGCUGCAAGUGCACCUGCGGGUACAAGCUGUCACCAAGUGGGGCCUGUGUGGAUGAGCAGGGCCCAUGGGGAGGCAGUGGGGGAGACCUUACCAAGGCAAGGAGUAGAUACAUUGAUGAGUGUACUACUCUUUUGGGGCAGGUGUGCCAAUUUGGCCAGUGUGUCAACACAGAUGGCUUCUUCCACUGCCUCUGCCAAGAUGGCUUCAAGCUCACAGCUGAUGGAAACAACUGUGCAGACACCAACGAAUGUCUCAGCCUUGUGGGAACCUGCCUGCCAGGAACUUGCCAGAACCUUGAGGGGUCCUUCCGCUGGAUCUGCCCCCUUGGCUUCCAGGUACAGAAUGACCACUGCGUUGACAUUGAUGAAUGCUCAGAGGAACCCAGACUUUGUCUCCUUGGCACCUGUACCAACAACCCUGGGAGCUUCCACUGCCUCUGCCCACCCAGCUUUGUCCUCUCUGACAAUGGACACCAUUGCUUUGACACAUGGCAGAGUUUCUGCUUCACCCGUUUCAAAGCCGGAGAGUGCUUGGAGCCCAAAGCUUUCAACACCACCAAGACCCGGUGCUGCUGCAGCAAGAAGCCAGGGGAGGGCUGGGGUGAUCCUUGGGAGCUGUGUCCUCAGGAGGGCAACACCUUUCAAGAGCUCUGUCCCUUUGGCCAUGGAGCAGUCCCAGGCCCAGAUGACUCUUGAGAAGAUGUGAAUGAGUGUACAGAGAAUCCUGGCGUGUGCACUAACUGCAUGUGCAUUAAUACUGAUGGCUCUUUUCGCUGUGAGUGUCCCUUCAGCUACAGCCUAGACUUCACAGGCAUCAACUGUGUGGACACAGACGAGUGUGCCAUCGGCCCGUGUGGGGAAGGCACAUGCACCAAUGUCAUUGGAGGCUUCGAAUGUGCCUGCACUGAUGGCUUUGAGUCAGGCCCCAUGAUGACCUGUGAGGACAUUGACGAGUGUGCCCUGAAUCCACUGCUCUGUGCCUUCCGCUGCCACAACACUGAUGGCUCAUACCUGUGUACCUGCCCCGCUGGCUACACCCUGUGGGAGGGCGGGACACUGUGCCGAGAUGUGGACGAGUGUGCAGAUAGACUGCAGGACUGCCACACCCGGGGCAUGGUGUGCAAGAAUCUCGUGGGCACCUUCGUGUGCACAUGCCCCCUAGGCAUGCGGUUCCGGCCCAUCUCUGGAGAAAGCUGCACAGAUGAGGACGAAUGCGGUACCCAGCCCAGCCUCUGCGCCAAUGGCUACUGCAUCAACACUGUGGGCAGCUUCAGGUGUGACUGUGAUGAAGGCUUCCGGCCCAGCCCCACCCUCACUGAGUGCAUUGACAUCCGGCAGGGGCUCUGCUUCUCUGAGGUGCUGCAGGCCAAGUGUCAGGCUCAGUCCAGUGGCAGCAAGGCCAUCACCAGGGCAGAGUGCUGCUGUGGGAGUGGCCGGGGCUGGGGGCCCCACUGUGAACUCUGUCCCCUACCUGGCACCUCUGCCUACAGGAAGCUGUGUCCCCAUGGCUCAGGCUACACUGCUGAGGGCCGAGAUGUGGAUGAGUGCCGUGUAAUUGCUCGCCUGUGCCCCCACGGUGAGUGUAUCAACAGCCUUGGCUCCUUCCGCUGUCACUGUCAGGCCGGAUAUAAGCCAGACACUGCUGCCAGGGCCUGCCUGGAUGUGGACGAAUGCAGCCAGGCCCCCAAGCCAUGCACCUUCCUCUCCAAGAACACUAAGGGCAGUUUCCUGUGCUCCUGUCCCUGUGGCUACCUGCUGCAGGGAGAUGGCAGGACCUGCAGAGACCUAGACGAAUGCACCUCUAAGCAGCACAACUGCCAGUUCCUCUGCAUCAACACCAUUGGUGACUUCACCUGCCGCUGUCCCCCUGGCUUCACCCAGCGCCAUGAGGCCUGCUUUGCAAACAAUAAUGAGUGCUCAGCCCAGCCUGGCCCAUGUGGCACCCAUAGUCUCUGCCACAAUACCCCAGGCAGUUUCCAAUGUGAGUGCUAUCAAGGCUUCACCCUGGACAGCUCUGGCAGCAGCUGCAAAGAUGUGGAUGAAUGUGAUGGGCACCAUCACUGCCAGCACGGCUGUCAGAAUGAGCCAGGGGGCUACCGCUGUGGCUGCCCCCAGGGCUUUACCCAGCAUUCCCAGUGGGCCCAGUGUGUAGACAAAAACGAGUGUGCACUGUCACCUGCUGCCUGUGGAAGUGCUUCCUGCCACAACACCCUUGGUGGCUUCCACUGCGUCUGUCCCUCUGGCUUCAACAUUGACCAGAUCCUUGGAGGCUGCCAGGAUGUGGACGAGUGUGCCGGACGGGGCAGCCCCUGUAGCUAUGGCUGUGCCAACACGCCCAGUGGCUUCUUGUGCGGCUGUCCACGAGGCUUCUUCCGAGCUGGUCAAGGGCACUGUGUCUUCGGCCUGGGCUUCAGCCCCCAGGAUGCCCAAGAAGAGAAGGAGUUGCUCUCUCCCGAAGCCUGCUACAAAUGCAAGAUCAACAGCCUCUCCCCUCAGGACCGGAUGCAGCGAAGCAUCCUCAGGGACAGCCAGGUGAGCUUGGCCACCCUUGACUCAGAGGCUCUGCUGACCUUGGGCAUGAACCUCUCACACCUGGACCAGGCUAAACACAUCCUGCAGUUGUUACCAGCACUGGAGGGCUUGGGGGGUCGGGUCCGCUAUAUCAUCACCCAUGGCAACAAACAAGGUUUCUUCCGCAUGCAUCACCUCCAUGGCCUCAGCUCCCUGCAGCUGGGGCACAGGAAGCCAACUCCUGGAACUUACCAGCUGGAGGUGGUGAGUGUGGCAUGGCCCCGGAGUACCCGGCUGGAGGGGUGGCUAGGACCAGGGGCUCAGGCCUUGAGGUUAAAGGUGCAACUGCAGCUGCUGUAGUUGGGGAUGGACCUCUGACCUCCCAUCCCAUCCAGAGGAUGAAGAUUCUGGAACUGGGAAGAACUGGCUGACCAGGUGAAACCCUAAAACUCAGGAAUAGUAAAAUGCUACACUAUGACCUCAGGUGAGCCUAGCCUCUUCCUGGGCCUCCGUGCCAGCCCAGACACUCCGACACUCAGUUUUCCUGAAGAGAGCAAGAAGCCACUGUGGUGCACACCCUCCACCCCAUAGUCAAGGUCGGGGAGGGGCCCUUGGUCACUGUAUCUGGUCAAUCACAGGCUUAAACUUCUGUACGCACUGUGGUUCAUCCAGGAGGGUUAGCAGGACAUGGGAAUGGGCAGCUGGGGUGGGUGCAGGCUUGUCCUCCAGAGCAGAAGGGCUGGUGGGGUCCGCACAGUGACUUGCAGCAGAGUUUGCCCUUCCCAGGUCCCAGACUAGGGCUCCCAGGAUGCUUUUAUAUCAGAAGUGGAGAUAGCAAUAAAGUUAUUUUGGGUUAAGUUGGAAGCCCCUUGGCAAGUUCCACACUGCCCUUGGCAAGGCUGACUGUCUGGGAAGCCAGUGGCCCUGUGCAUUCCCCAAUAAGGAUCAUUGUAGAUCC